CAUUUUCUUACCUGACAAAGGAAUACCUGCACACUUCUUCACGCACGCACGCAUACUCAAUUCAGAACCCACACACACACACAUUACAUACAUCACCCUCUUUUCCUACCCCCUCCCAAAGAAAGCCCUAUGGUUGUUUAUAGCUACUAUAUUGGAUGUGGUACAACUGAGCUGCAGUAGAGUUGUAGAGUAACAGAGUAGUGAUCAGAGAGAAAAAACAGAACAGGACAGUCCCCAAAGAACCCUCAGAUUUUUCCAGCCCAUUUCAUAAUAUUACACAUUAUUUCACCUUUCCUUUCUGCCAAUUCGAUUCAUCAAAUCCCCAUGAACGUGUGUGAUCACUGAUCAACAAACAACACCCUCCUUUAUAAUAUAAAUAAUACUCCCCCCACACACACACACACACAACUUACAAAAGCCCUCAAGCUGAUUUUGUUUAUUUAUAUACCUCAUCCAUCAGCAGAGUUUUUUGUUUUCUUAAGCCAUGCAUUUCCUGUUCUCUCUUUGAAAGGAAGAAGAAAGCUUUAAGCUUUUUUGCUGUUUGAUCGAGAACCCUUCAACUAUUUCAUUGAAAGUUUCUGACCUUAAGCCUAAUUUGUUUGAGAAAUGGGGAGUUACAACCAUUACCACUAUGUUGCUGAGGGGAAUGAUUCACAUUUGCCACCAGGGUUCCGUUUUCACCCUACUGAUGAAGAGCUCAUCACAUACUACCUUUUGAAGAAAGUUCUGGACAGCAAUUUCUCUGGCAAAGCCAUUGCUGAAGUUGAUCUCAACAAAUGUGAACCCUGGGAGCUUCCUGAGAAAGCGAAAAUGGGGGAGAAAGAGUGGUACUUUUUCAGCCUGAGGGAUCGGAAAUACCCAACUGGGCUAAGGACUAACCGGGCAACUGAAGCUGGUUAUUGGAAGGCAACAGGCAAAGACAGGGAGAUUUACAGUUCAAAGACUAACUCCCUUGUUGGGAUGAAGAAAACCCUGGUCUUCUACAGAGGCAGGGCUCCUAAAGGAGAGAAGAGCAACUGGGUUAUGCAUGAGUACAGGCUUGAAGGCAAAUUUGCCUACCACUUCCUCUCUAGGAGUUCCAAGGACGAGUGGGUGAUUUCAAGGGUGUUCCAAAAGAGUGGCACCGGCACUCCGGCCACCUCCGUGCACGGCGGAGGAGGGAAGAAAAGGUUGACCCCAGGUAUCAACAACAUGUACCCUGACGUGGGCUCACCUUCUUCCGUCUCCCUGCCGUCGCUGCUGGACUCAUCUCCGUACACCGCCUCCGCCACCUCCGCCACCACCAACACCGAUCACGACAGCACAGCCUCCUAUCACGACUGCAAAUCUGCCUUAGAGCACGUGCCCUGUUUCUCCACUCCAACAUUGGCCAACUUCAAUCACGGUGGUUCUCUGUUUGACCUUGCUCCUCCUCCUCUGCCACCAUCCCAGCCACCGUCUGGGUCGUCGUUGCUUUCUUCUCUGUUUGAUCCACCGCCGGCGGCCUCAUCCUCUGCCGGACCUCGUUUCUCGACAAGGGCCGGUAACGGAAACGGAGUUUCUGGGUUUCCUAAUUUGAGGUCUCUACAGGAGAACCUUCACUGGCCUUUCUUUUUCCCGACGGCGGCUGCUACUCCACCGGCAUUGCCUGCUCCUGGCGGGAAUAACAGCAACCCAAUGAAUUACGGGGCUCUCAGCAACUGGGCUGCCCCGGAUCAGAAAGUGGGUCACACUGAUCUGGAUUGCUUGUGGAGUUUCUGAUGACAGAGACCAUGAAUUCCGGGAUCUUUCAGCUAUCAUUAGUUUGCUAAUCAAACAUUAUCACUCUUAAGUUAGGAUUAUCUUUAAUUAUGGUUGUUUGCAGUAUUAUGUUAGUGAAUUAUCUAAUGAUCUAGUAGUAUGCAUGUAGCAAUGUUAUCUGUAUAAUGGAGAUUGGAGAAGCUGUUGUAUAUUAAUUAGUACGAAUCUCAAUCAGUUUAUUUUUAUUAUGAGUAGGAAUUAAUGAGUG